AUGCUCGCUCUGAGCACGAGCAUAGGCAGUAUUGGGCUGAACGUGCCGUCAAGUAUCCUUCGGAAUGGGUUAAUACGCUGUUCGACCGAAAGCGCGAGUGUAACGAGGAGGGGUAUAUUGCAGAAUGGAUAUGGUGUGAAUAGACAGAUAUCAUCGUAUAAACCUAGCAUAAAUCGCCGCAUACCUACUACCUUCAUACGGCAUAACUCAUAUUCCUCUCGUCCUCCCACACCUUCCAUACCGAAAUCACAAUCUUCCACCACUCCAUCCGAAUCAUCCGCCAUCACUCAGACAGACUCCAAGCAAACCGCCAAACGAUCUAUAUUAUCCCGGAUAACAUCCAACCUAUCACUCAAACCCGUCGCUGAAACACAUACCUCAAAAGAAGGAGGGGAAGAUAGUGGUUCGAGUAGCGUAAUCAAAUUGUUAGAAUUGGCUAAACCGGAAUCGAAGAAUUUAGGGAUAGCUGUUGGACUGUUGUUGGUCUCUAGUUCUGUAUCCAUGUUGGUACCUCUGACUAUCGGUAAACUGAUAGAUUUCUUCUCCUCAAACUCUACUCAAUUCUUAGGUCUAUCGUUCCCUGUCGCAGCGGGUUUAUUAGCUGUUACGUUCUGUAUAGGAGCUACUGCCAAUGCAGGACGAGCUAUAAUCAUGCGAACAAGUGGUCAGCGUAUCAUCGCCAGAGUCAGGAACCAAGCAUACCUAUCCACUUUGCGUCAAGAACCUGAAUUCGCAGAUAGGUCAGCAGGAGAUAUAGUCUCCAGGCUCAGUGUAGAUACGAAUAUACUGGGUGAUAGUGUCACGUCCAACUUGUCUGAUGGUCUGAGAGCCCUGAUCUCAGCAACGGUCGGCGUAGCAGCAAUGUUUUGGAUAUCCGCCAAAUUGACCCUGGUCAUGCUCUGCGUCGUUCCACCUGUAUCUCUCGGUGCAGUAUUCUACGGUCGAUAUCUGAGGAAGUUGUCUAAUUUGACACAAGAAGCUGUUGGCGAGAUGUCCAAGACCGCCGAAGAGAAGCUCAACGCUUUCAAGACCGUCGCAGCCUACAAUUCACAACCUCUAGAAGCUACUUUGUUUUCCAAGAAAGUAGAUCAGGUGUUCCAACUGGCCAAAAAAGAAGCUCUUAUGACGGGUAUAUUCUGGGGUGCGAGUGGUCUUACCGGGAAUUUGGCUAUGCUCUGUCUGUUGGGUUAUGGUGGACAUUUGGUGUCGAUAAGUGAGAUCACUGUUGGUGAUUUGACUUCGCUCUUGAUGUACAGCGCGUAUGUCGGAGGAUCUGUAUCUGGCUUGACAGGGUUCUUCACCGGUCUCAUGAGAGGCGUCGGAGCUGGAUCUCGUGUUUUUUGGUUACUCGAUCGAACUUCGCAUAUCCCUUUGGACAAAGGUAUCAAAUUGGAUCAUACACGAAACGGUCCAAUUCGGUUUGAGAAUGUUGUAUUCAGGUAUCCAUCCAGAAAGGAAGUGGUGGUUUUGAAAGGGAUCAAUAUGACUGUAGAACCUGGAACAAGUGUUGCCUUGGUCGGUUCAAGCGGAAGUGGUAAAAGUUCGAUACAGCAGUUGAUAAGCAGGUUCUAUGAUCCUGAAGAAGGUAAAAUCACUUUUGAUGGAACUGAUAUCCGAGAAUUCGCACCUGAAUCAUGGCGUGAGCGCAUCGGAGUUGUAUUUCAGGAUCCCAUCUUAUUUGCGGGUACGGUUCAUGAGAAUAUAGCGUAUGGAUCGCCAGAUGCUACCAGGGAAGAUGUGGAAGCAGCUGCCAGAGCGGCCAAUUGUGAUUUCAUUUGGGAUCUGCCUCAAGGUUUUGAUACUUUGAUCGGAAAAGCAAGUUUGAGUGGUGGACAGAGACAGAGGAUCAGUAUUGCCAGAGCAUUAGUUAGGAACCCUUCGAUAUUGCUUUUGGACGAAGCUACAUCCGCUCUCGACUCGACAUCUGAGAAUGCGGUCAACGCAGCUAUAGAUGAUAUUAUCCGGCAGAAAAACAUUACAGUCAUAUUGGCUGCACAUCGAUUAUCUUCCAUUGCCAGAGCCGAGAGGGUGGUAGUCCUGGAGAAUGGAGUGGUAUCAGAAGAAGGUAGAUAUGAUGUUUUGUCGAGAAAAGAAGGAAGUCGAUUCAGGACGUUGAUGGCUGCUCAAUUGCUUGUUGAGAAAUCAUCAAAAGGUGUACAGGAGGAUCGUCCCCAAAUAGAACAGAAUAUGGAAGAAGAACAACAAGGUCAACAGACGGAAAGGGUAGUAGCGCAAGGUGCAAGAUAA